CCCAGUCAGUCCCAGUCCCCCACCGGCUCCAACAGUUUCCCACGCAGUUCCCUGGCCACGCCCCCCCGCGGUUUGGCCACGCCCCCUACAAACGGCCACGCCUCCUAUCACUGGCCCCGCCCACCGGCGCCUAGCCCCGCCCAAUCGCGCCUGGCCACGCCCCAGACCGACCAAUCGCUCUUGGGCCCCGCCCCUUGGGCCAAGCCCCGCCCCCGGCACCACCUCCCCCGCGCCAAGCUCCGCCCCCCGGCGCCGGGCGUCGCCCCGGAGUCCGCCCAAUCACGUGCGGCCACGCCCUCGGCUCCGCCCCCGGCGGCAGCCCCCGCCCCAAUCUCCGCCCGAUCUCGCCUGGCCACGCCCCCGGCUCCGUCCAAUCGCGCGUGGCCCCGCCCCAAGCUCCGCCCCCCUCCGGGCGCCAUGGCGGUGUCGGAGGCGGCGGGCGGUUCGUCCUGGGCCGCGGCCGGGCCGGGUCGGGCUGGGCCGGGACCGGGAGGGGCCCCGGGAGCCGCUCCGGGAGGGGGGGGCCCGGCCUCCCACGCCGGCGCCGGGCCCGGGCCCGGGCCCUGCUGGGCCGCCGUGCUGGCCUGCCUCAGCCUGGCCUGCUCCUACGUGGGAAGCCUCUACGUGUGGGGCAGCCCCCUGCCGCGGGACCACCCCUCCGUCAUCAAGCGGCGCUUCACCAGCGUCCUGGUGGUCUCGGGGCUCUCCCCGGCCUUCGUCUGGCUCUGGAAGGAGCUGUCGGGCAUCAAGCUGGACACCCCACUGCCGGCGCUGCUGGGGCUGCGUCUGGAGGGGCUGGUGCCGGCCACGCUGCUGCCGCUGCUGCUCACUAUGAUCCUCUUUUUGGGGCCCCUCAUGCAGCUCUUCAUGGACUGUCCCUGGCGGUGGCUGGAUGGUGUCAGGGUGGCUUUGGACCCGCGUUGGUGGGCGCUGUGCCUGGGGGACGUGCGCUGGCUGCGGAACCAGGUGGUGGCGCCGCUGACGGAGGAGCUGGUUUUCCGCGCCUGCAUGAUGCCCAUCCUGGUGCCCUGCACCGGCCCCGGCCCCGCCGUCCUCGCCUGCCCCCUCUUCUUCGGCGUGGCCCAUUUUCAUCACGUUAUCGAGCAGCUCCGGUUCCGGCAGGGCUCCGUCGGCAGCAUCUUCAUGUCGGCAGCGUUCCAGUUCUCCUACACGGCCGUCUUCGGCGCCUACACGGCCUUCAUCUUCCUCAGGACAGGUCACCUGGCGGGGCCGGUGCUCUGUCACUCCUUCUGUAACUCCAUGGGCUUCCCGGCGGUGGGGGCGGCCCUGGAGCACCCCCGGCGCCGGGCGCUGCUGCCCUGUUACCUCCUGGGCGUCUUCCUCUUCCUCCUCCUCCUCCACCCCCUCACCGAACCCACCUUCUUCGGGGGGGCUCCGGCCUGCGCCCAACGCGGCCCCCCCCUGCCCGGAGCCCCCCCUGCCUGCUCCUGACCCGGGCGCGGGGCCCCGGCCCCGGCAACCCCCCCCCCCCCCCCCCCCCGCACCCCGUUUUUAUAGGUGCCGCCGCACAGAGCUCUAUUUUUGUGAUUAAAGUGCUUUAAGCCUUG